AUGAAUGGUGCCUCCACAUUGACUGACUCACUUGUUAGAGAACACCUGUUAUUUCGCGGCCUUUAUAAUACACUAAAAGCUUUCGAUCAGGAUUCGAAAUCGGGGAAAGACUUGAAGCUUCAGGAAAAUGCUCGAUUAACUGUUGUGUACGAAACUGAUAUCUAUCGGUUAUAUCUAGUCAAAUGUAUGGAAAACAAACGUAUGGAUAAAUGUAACCAGUUUUUCCUCAAAUGUGCCGCUCUUACUCAGAACAAUCCCUUAUGGGCUGAAUGGUUUGCGUUUCCAUAUCAUCCUAAGCCGGAAUCUUGUCAGGCCUAUCGGAAGUACUACAGUCAUGAGUGGAGGGAAAUUUUCGUAAUCUCCCUUCACAAUUUUGUGCGAAUAGCAAUACAGUCAUCGCCAAGAUCACAUCUCGUUCAAAUGGUGGAGCUGUUGUCCGAGGAGAUCGAGUCGACCAACUCGGAUCGCUCGCAUGGUGCUAACUUUGUUAUGAACCCGUUCGAUGACGAACUAAUGGACGAUUUUGCUGUUAUCGCCCAGUGA